AACCAACCGCACCUUCAGUCAAAAGUCACCAUGAAUCCUAUGAGUGAUAUGAAGGUCCCCGUCGAGGUGGACCCAAAUGAGGACACUGAGUGGAACGAUAUCUUGCGAGCACAUGGGAUCAUCCCCGAAAAACCACCGUCGCCCACGCAAGAGCUCGAAAACGCAUUGGAAGAAGCCCUCAAGAAUCAGCAUGAAAACCGAUUGGACAACAAAGAGUUGGAUGAGCUAGCUGAGUUGGAAGAUGAGGAAGACGAGGAGUUCUUGAACUUCUACAAGCAGAGGCGUAUGAACGAGUUGAGCGAGUUGCAGUCGCGAGCCAAGUUUGGUCUGGUGAUGUCCAUCUCCAAGAACGAAUACGAGAAGGAGAUCACGUUGGCUAGCGAAGAAGGAUUUGUAUUGGUACACUUGUCAUCAGAUCUGAUGAUUCAAAGUCGCCUCUUGGCGGCCAUCUUCACUCAGUUGGCGGCCCGGUUCCCAGAAAUUAAGUUUGUCGAUAUCCCUGCCAAGCGAGCCAUCGAGAACUAUCCAGAACAGAAUAUCCCCACCAUUUUGAUUUACAGAAACAAACACGUCAUCAAGCAAUAUAUAACAUUGACGGAACUCGGGGGUAACGACACAAAGACUGGAGAUAUCGAAAAUGUGAUGUUGGAGUUGAAGAUGGUGGAGUUUUCCGACAGACGGCUCGUGGUUAACCAGGACGAGGACGAAGAUAACAAAAAAUCGAGCAGUAGAUUGAAGUUCAAGGGCAAGUCUAUCCAAGAGGACGACAGUGAUGACGAUUUUUACGACUGAAAUAGACUUAUAGCUUGUUUAAAAUCAUGUAGAUGCCCACCGCAGCCAGCUGCGAGCGGGCCCUUUUCGCAAUUUGACAAAUCGA